GAAAUAAAAGAGAGUCUGCCAAAGAGGAAAAAAAAAAAAAAAAAAAAGAGAAAGAAAAAAAAAAGGAAGAAGAUGGUUCUGCUUGAGAAACUGUGGGAUGAUGUUUUAGCUGGACCUCAACCUGAUCGUGGCCUUGGCAAGCUCAGGAAGCUCUCCACUAAGCCCUUGCCCUUGAAUAUGAAAGAUGGUGAAGGAGCCGAGGGUAGCAAAUACCAGAGGUCGAUGUCGAUGCCGGCGAGCCCAGGAACACCGUCGACCCCUUUGACUCCGGGAACACCGUCUCAGAAAGACAACGUCUGGAGGAGUGUCUUCAACCCUGGUCGAAACCUCGCCACCAGGUCCAUUGGCGCCCAAGUCUUUGACAAGCCUGAACCCAAUUCUCCCACUGUCUAUGACUGGCUCUACAGUGGCGAGACCAGGAGCAAGCAUCAGUGAGGUGAUAACUUACCAGUGAUUGCAUGUAAAUAGCGUUUUUUUUGUUUCAAUGUACGCCACGUGUUCCAGUGGUUCAAUGGUAUUAUGAUUACGUGCUAUUGAGUAUUCACUUAGCUUUUGCUCUGUGAGCUCGUUUUCAUAUUAUAUUAAAUUAUUAAUUAAAUAUUUUCUAGUGUUGAACAGUGACACGGUCGAUGAGUCUGUAAGCAAUCAGAUCUGCCGUGGACGGUUGUGAUGGCCUGCUUGAUGAUAUAUAAUAUAAAUAAUUGUUUAUUGUA